AUGUUUCUCUUCCUCCACGCCCCCAGCCCGGCCGAGGCCCUGAUUGGCUCCGGGCAAGCGGACCUGUGCUCUCUGCGGGGUCCAGACUGGUAUAACUGGGGCGCGGGCUCAGCCAGUGGAGGGAAGCGCCACGGCCGCCAGGGGGCGCGCUGCCCACUGAACUCGAGUCCCCGCCCCCCCGGGACCCCGGGACCCCAGGACCUUCAGGACGCUGGGACCCUGCGCCUCCAGGACCCUACGACUCCCAGGACUCCGCGUCCCCCUGGACCCUGCGACCUGCAGGACCUCGCGACCCCCCGGACCCAAGGCAGACGCAUGGCAGGUGAGGCGCGGCCCAGCGGAGACGCGGCGCUGCGCCGCCUCCUGAGAUUGUACCGCACCGAGAUCGCUGUGGCCGUGGACAGCGCCUUCCCGCUGCUGCACGCGCUGGCCGACCACGACGUGGUCCCCGAAGACAAGUUCCAGGAGACGAUGAGUUUGAAGGACAGGGAGGGCUGUCCCCAGGCCUUCCACACCCUCCUCUCCUGGCUCCUGACCCAGGACACCGCAGCCAUCCUGGACUUCUGGAGGGUUCUCUUCAAGGACUACAACCUGGAGAGAUAUGCCCGGCUACAGCCCAUCCUAGACAGCUUCCCCAAAGAUGUGGACCUCAGCCAGCCCAGGAAGGGGAGGAAGCCCCCCACUGGGCCCAAGGCCUCCAUUCUGCCACCCAGACCCCCUGCCAAGAGAAAGGCCUUGGAGGAGCCUCGGGUCGUCCUGCCAAAUGCCCUGUCCCCGAGGGGCAGCUCGAGCCCAGGCUCCCAGUCCAAGGCCAAGUCCUCCAAGAAGCUGGAGAGCAGCGCCGAGCCACAGCGUGUCUCGCUGGGGAGCGGGAUCCAGACCAUGUCCGCCUCGGUCCAGCGAGCCGUAGCCAUGUCCUCCGGGGAGGUUCCAGGAGCCCGCGGGGCCGUGGAGGGAAUCCUCAUCCAGCAGGUGUUUGAGUCAGGUGGCUCCAAGAAGUGUAUCCAGGUGGGGGGCGAGUUUUACACUCCCAGCAAGUUGGAAGACCCUGGCAGCAGUGGUGGGAAGAACAAAACCCGCAGCAGUGGCGGCCUGAAGCCUUUGGUCCGAGCCAAAGGAGCCCAGGGCAUUGCCCCCGGUGGAGGUGACCCGAGGCUAGGCCAGCAGAGCAGGGUCCCCGCCCCUGCAGCCCUCCCCAGCGAGCCCCAGCUCCACCAGAAGAACGAGGACGAGUGUGCCGUGUGCCGGGACGGCGGGGAGCUGAUCUGCUGUGACGGCUGCCCCCGGGCCUUCCACCUGGCCUGCCUCUGUCCCCCUCUCCGGGAGAUCCCCAGUGGGUCCUGGAGGUGCUCCAGCUGCCUCCAGGGAAGAGCUUUGCAGGAUACGCCCCGUGCGGAGGAGCCCCGGCCCCAGGAGCCGCUGGUGGAGAGCCCGGUCCUCCUGGGACUGAGGCCAGUGGGUGAGGAGGCGAGGGGCUUGCCCAAGGGGCCUCCAGCAGGGAUAGACGCUGCCCUCAGCUAUAAGCACCUGCUGCCCCCACCCUCCACGCCCCCCUUGCCAGUGCUGGAGCCCUCUGCCCUGCGCCCCCUGCUGUGUGCAAACCCUAACGGACAGCAGGGCGCGGCGCCGGGCGCGCGGUGCGGCGUGUGCGGGGACGGCGCGGAGGCGCUCAGGUGCGCGCACUGUGCCGCCGCCUUCCACCUGCGCUGUCACUUCCCGGCGGGCACCUCCCGGCCGGGAGCUGUCCUGCGCUGUAAAUCCUGCUCCGGAGACCCGGCUCCAGCCUCCGGGGAGGGCGCGCCAGCCUCGAGCCCCGCCCGUCCGGCCCCGGGGCCAGCCAAGGCAGGGGACGACUCUGCUGGUCCCGAACCUGGUCUGCACAGGGAAGACCUGGAGUCCCUCCUGAGUGAGCACUCCUUCGACGGCAUCCUGCAGUGGGCCAUCCAGAGUAUGUCCCGUCCUCUGGCCGAGGCACCCACCUUCCCAUCCUGA